AUGUCAUUUCAGAAUCGAAAAACGUUCAAGCUCAAUAAUGGCGCCCAUAUUCCUGCUAUCGGCCUAGGAACGUGGCAGGAUGAAGAAGCACAAGAGGCUGCUGUAUUUGCAGCCCUAAAGGCUGGCUAUCGCCACAUAGAUACCGCGAGAUGCUAUGGAACUGAGGAGGCCGUUGGAGAGGCCAUUAGGAAGAGUGGUGUGCCGAGGAGCGAAAUCUUUGUUACCAGCAAGCUAUGGAACAACAGGCACCAUCCCGAUGAUGUUCGUUUAGCAUUGGAGGAAACAUUGAGCAACCUCGGCCUCGAGUAUCUUGAUCUUUUCCUAAUGCACUGGCCUGUCGCCUUUAAACGUGGGGAUGAUCUAUUUCCUUCGGAUAAGGACGGUAACUUGAUCACCGAGGAAAUUGAUUAUGUUGACACUUACAAAGCGAUGGAAGCCCUUCAAAAGUCCGGAAAAACCAAGGGUAUUGGGAUAUGCAACUUUUCUCAAAAGGAAGUUGAGCGUCUUCUCGAGAAAUCCUCGGUUGUUCCAACCGUUCACCAGAUGGAGUUACAUCCUUGGUUGCAACAGCGGGACUUUGUGAAGUUUCACAAGGAGAGGGGUAUUCACGUCACUCAGUACUCGCCCUUCGGUAACCAAAAUGAGAUUUAUGGUUCCAGUGAAGGCCAUGGAAAGCUAUUGGAUGAUGCAACCCUGGUGGAAAUCGGAAAGAAGCAAGGCAAAACUCCAAACCAGGUCGCUUUGGCCUGGGGAAUCUACCAUGGACGCUCAGUCAUUCCCAAAUCGAAGAAUCCACAGAGAAUCACUCAAAACUUUGACAUUGAAUUCGAGCUUGACGAGAGUGAUGUCAGAGCGAUUGACAAGAUUGAUAAGAGUCUUCGUUUCAACGAUUCGAGCAAGGACUUUGGAUAUGAGCUCUUCGCAGACCUUGAGGGUAAGAAAAAAUAA